AUGUCCAAAGAAGCUUUCCCUGGAGUAAAUGAUAAGAAUAUACCUAAACGAAUAUCAACUGCUCUAACCAAACAACCAUUUACUAAUGUGGUUCCUAAAAGCGAACUGCCUUAUUUGAUUGACCCCAGUAGACAUUCUGUAUUUUCAUUGACUUCUUGUCACGACAUAUUGGACCCUGCUCCUGAGUUUUUAUAUAAUCACUAUCCCCAUAGAAUUGAAUUAGAAGCUGUCAACAAUGUUUUAAAUGAGCAUGAAAAUAAUUUAAAAUUUAAAAAACCAAACUUAAAAUUAGAACCCAAAACAGGUAUUGAGAAAGAGGAAGAGGAAAAUGUAGAUUUAUUUGAUGGCCUUUCAGAUUUAGCCAAGAGAUCCAUCACGGAUAUUGUGGAAUUGGAUCAAAUUAUACAAACAAAAGAAACUAAUGUAUCCAACAUUAUUAUCACUGAAACCAAUAACAAAAAACAUAAAACAGAAGAUAUGGGAAUGGAAGUGGAAACAUCUAAAAAACAUCAUAGUAAUUCAAGUGAAAAUUUACCCAAUGAUAGUAUUUCUAAGAUAGAUUUCGAUAUUCAAAAGCCAAAUAGUGUUGAAGGUUUGAAAACGCAGUUUAUUGAAAAGUUUGUAAAGCUAUCCCAAAUUUGCGUCAAAAAAGACUUUAACAAUUUAACUUUUUGGAUCAAACUUAGCAAUCACGACAACGUUAUUACAACAAUGGGAUAUUUGGAUGAUUUAAAGUUGUUAAUAUCUGAGGCUUUGAAUAACGAGGCUUAUAAAAAUUUGAUUUCCGAAAAGUGCACAAAUAACUUAUUCGAAAUAUUAUUGACUUGUUCCAACAACCUAGAAGUUAUUGAGAGAAAUUCUGCUUUUGUGGAAUACAACAAUAUAGCUUUUGUUUCAUCAACUAUUAUUUUUUUGAGUUUUCAACUUGGCAUAAGUAAUAAAAAAUUGUAUUUAAAAGAUUUCAUCGUCAGACCUAUAGAUUGUUUUGCAAAAUUUAUCAAAGAUGUACUAGAGAAAGAUGAUUAUUCCCCUACUUUUGAAGAUUUGUCAUUUUUUAAAUUAAGCCUUCUUUCUUUCUACGAUUAUCUGAAAAAGGGCUGCGAGUUUGAUGAACCCAUUAUAAGCAAGAUUGUUUAUGGAUUUGUAGAACUUUUUUCAAAAAAUAGUUAUAUUUUAAAGUUCACAACUAACAGUGCUAAAUCACAGAGUUGUUGGGAUUCUAUAAAAUUCAUAACUUCAGAUAUUUUGACCAGCCUAUUUAAAAAUUUCCCCACCCAAAGAGAAUUUAUUAUUGACAACAUAACUCCAUAUAUAGAUGCAUUGCCCUCAACUAGAUCCCAGAAAAAGUUAUUAUGUGUUAAUUCAUCCACUGGCCCAAUAUAUAUUACCCAUUUCACUUACACAAUUAUGUGCUUAUUACAAUCUUCAUCUAUAAGCCCUAGUAUGGUACACGGUGUCAACUUUGAUCAGACUGCUUUUCAUGAACUGGAAUUAGCUGAACAAGAAUGGUUAUCCAACUUAGAUAUGUGGGUAGAGAGGAUUACAAGUGCAAUUUUGGCAAAAGUUUUUGACAAUAUUGGUGAUCUUAAGCCAUGCAUAGAACAAUACACAAAUGAUUUAAUGGAAAGUUUAUUUUGUCCAGAUUUCCCCGUGUGUGAAUGGCUGGCAACAAAUUUGUUUCGGAAAUGUUUAUAUGUUUUUAAUCCUUCUGAAAAUCAUCCUGUUAAUAUUGAGGCAAGUGCAUUGGGCCUUUUAAGUAUUAUAGGCUCCAAGAUAUUAGAUAUCAGGCUUAAAUCACAAGAACACAACGAUAUUGGUUCGCAUAUUUCUUUAAUUACAUUGUUUAAUUACCCGCAAAAGAUACCUAUUAUUAUUAAAAACUUUUCAUUAUUUAGGAAAUUUUUCCUUUCAAACCCAGAUAAGUCAAAAUUUUUCUGGUCUAUGGAAAUACAUACCUUAAUGAAACUUCAUAAUUUCAAAGAAGAAGAAUCGCAGGAAUGGUCGAACACUAUAAAGCAAUAUCUGCAAGAAUCUUUGGAACCUGUGUUAGAUAAAAUUGCGUUAGAUGCUGAAGAAUAUUUAAAACCAUACACACAGCUUUUACAAUGUUUGAGUCUCGUCACCUUGUAUGAGCCGUACUUGAAAUUACUACUAUCACUAAUUGAUAGUGCUAAGAUCAGAUUGAGAUCUGGGGCUAUAAAAUGUUUUUCGAACUUAAUAUCUAGGGAUAAGUAUAUGAUUGAAUUACCAAUGAUUCAAGAUACAAUCAACAAAAUGCUAAGGGACCCAUCAGCAUCCGUUAGGGGCAAUAUUUUGGAUAUUAUUGAAAAUAGUAUCAACAUCACUUCAUUCUAUCGUCAAAUUAACUGGCUUUACAACGAUGAUAGUGUGUCUGUUAGAAAACGUGUGCUUAAUUUGAACAAAAUAAUAUUUAAUGAGACCACUGAUCCUGCUAUCGCUUCCUUUGUUAUUUGCUAUAUUUUGCGAAAAACAGAAGACGAAGAAGAUAUAAUUGUGGAGCAAUGCAAAGAAUUUUUACUAAGGAAAAUUUUUUUAGAUAUCGAUGAUUUGAAUGACAACCACGUUCUUCAGGAGGAAAAAUGUAAAUAUAAUAUCAACAUUAUCUGUAAUAUUUUGACUAGCUCUGAAAAGUGUAAGGAAUUAUUUGAUUUUUUUUUACAUUUCUAUGUUUUGAACGCAGAAAGUCACAAACCAAAUGAAAAUAAAUGCAUUAAUGAAUCUAUUAAAAGGUUAACUGAGGUGAUAAUUUCUGAACUUAUUGAUAUUCAACAAGCAGAAUCGGAAGACCUUCAAAAAAAAUACAGCAUUAUGGAAGAUAAUCUACUUUUAUUACUUUCUAUGAUAUCAUCGUCUUCAGGUUCAUUUGUCACUAGGGAACAACUUUUUGCCUUGUAUCCGUUUCUAUCUACAACUGACAACAUUGAAAUUCGUUUAAACACUCUGAGAAUUUUUAACUCUGCUUUAAAAAAACUAUCUACAUUUAGACCCAAAUUUUUGUUUGAUCUAGAAACAUUUCUUUUAUCUAAUUUAACUAAGAUGACUUCUAAAGAGCUCGACGAGGCAAUUCCUUUGGCUUGGAGCGUUGCGACUCAAAAAAGAGAUUAUAUGAGAAUAACAAAGGCUUGCUCUUCAUGUUUGAAUCACUUUAGCGAAUACAUUAAACUUGGUGUCCUUCAUCCAGAAAAAAUCACAGUGGAUGGUAAAUUGCAAAGACUAUUAUAUAUGUCGACUGGAUUUGCUAGAUAUUGUGAUUUUAAAAAUACUGCUGAAAAUUUUCCAACUUUAAAAACUAGAGAAAGCAUUUAUGCGUACGUAACCAAGUGUUUGCUAGUUUUCACUGGUCCUCAAAUCUUAUCCACCAUUAAGAAGAUUGCUAUUAAAAACUUGGUGGGUUUGUGUUCCUCCCAUCCUAAGCUAUUUAAUUCAGACCCUGUUUUAAAAGUUUUUGAUGAAGUUUUCAAUUCUGAUGCAACUGAUGUUAAGAUCAUUGUAAUUGAGUGUCUUUAUACUUUUUUUACUGCUCAAGAGUGGAAGACCAUCCAAAAUGCUGGUGUUAAUGGGACGAAUUCGUCGAGCUUAGAACUUAAGGAGAAAGUUUUAUCUAAUAACAAACUUGAAACAUUUAACGAUGGCAUAUGCUCUGCAUUGGUAACUAGAUAUUUGGCUGCCAUUUUGAAAAUGUGUUUACUUAAAAAUUUUGACAUUUGCUACCCAGCAGUUAAGUUUUUAGAUAUGAUCGAUAAAUAUGAAUAUGUCAAUCCUUCAGCGUAUAUUUAUAUUUUAAUUUCAUUAUUGACGUGUCCCAGCAAAAAGAUUAAGAAAAUAGCAGAACACACAGUAAAGCGUUUGGUAGAGAAACACGAAUCUAUGGUAUACAGUGGUUUGAAUAAGGGAUUUACUACUGCAGUUGUCUAUAAUAAAGAAAAGCUUCCGGUUGUUGAAGAAUAUUUGUUUUUGGACUUACAAAACUUAUUGUGUAACAAUAAAAGAAACAUAAACAAAUUUUUAACAAUUGUGAAGAAAGUUUUUACAAAAACAUUUGCUUUAAAUAAAGAUAAAGAAAUAACAAAUUAUAAUGGGCUAUUAUUUUUAGCAAAGAAUAUUCUACACUUGAAAUUUCCUGACAUAUACACCGUUUAUGAGUUUACAAACAUCAUAGGUAAUAGUGCUUCAUCCUAUCACUGCAUCUUGCAUGAAAAUGAUAACAACGACUCCGAUAAGUCUUUUAAGUUGGUUAUGGCAGUUAAUAUUCUGGAAAACUUGAAUAGGGAGUUGUAUAGAAAGUUUUCCUUAGACAAAGAUUUCGUAGAGUUAGUUAGUGGGGAUAAUAAAUCCACUUUAAAAGAAGUAUCAAUAACUAACCAUGAAAAAGAUGCAGGGUUAAACUUUGCGGAAAUAUGCUAUAAUUUAGACCCAGAAAAGGAUAGGGAUAGAAUUGCUCAAAUGUAUUUUUCUAAUGGAUCAUUUAUAGACCGAGAUUAG